GCGUAUAAUACAUGUACUGUAGGCUUAAAUGACGUGGCCUAUGUAGUAAUUUUUGUAGUUUUAUGAUGUUUGGAAGUUCAUUCAGUUUUGGAAAGCCGCUGGACUUUUCACUUGAUUAAAAGUGCAGGGAAGCAAAUAUCAUCAUUCACGGACUACUUCCAGAACUGAUUUGCCACGCAGAAGGCUUGACUCAGGAAAGCUGAGAUGAAUGAACCGUUAUUUAACAAUGUUGUGGUAGUGUGCAUGAAGUGCACAGGACAUGAUGACAGGACCUCGUCAGUCAGGGUUCAGCUGGAACUUCAGACUUCAUCAUCACCAUUACAGAGAAAAGAUCUGAAUGUGCGGCUCACUGAUGAUACUGAUCCAUUCUUUCUCUUCAACCUUGUACUGGGAGAAGAAGACUUUCAAAGCCUUAAAGUUCAACAGGGAUUGUUGGUUGACUUCACCGCUUUCCCACAAAAACUUAUUGAGUUGUUGCAACGAUGUGUUGAAGAACAGCACAGAGAUGCUCCAAAAUUUGUGGUGCAGUUGAUGUACUCAGAGCCCCUGAGCCAUGGUGUGGCUGAGCUAUGCAUUGUGGAGACCAACCCCUUUAAGCAUCUGACCCACCUGGCCCUGAAGCUACAGCCGGGUAGUGAUGCUGAUGUCAAGAAGUAUCUUGCAGCCUGUUUGAAGCAGUUACAGGGUGACCAUAACACCUUAUCCCAGAGACUUAAACUGACUGAAUCUACACUUUCUAGCCAGCUGCAAGAAUCUCAGAAGGCACUAUCAGCUCGGACUCGUGAGUUGGAAAGUCUAAGAUCAGAAUGGAGUGCUCACACAGAAAGCUUGGUUGCAAAACACAAGCAAGAGAUAGCUGAAAUCAAACAAAAUGCCUUACAGACUCAGCGAGAUUUGGAGCAAAGGUAUGAGUUAGAGAAGAAGACAAUGGACGAGAGGAGACUACAAGGGUCUUCUGAACAGCAGGCCAAGAUGGCUGAAUUACAGACAGCCAAUAAGGAGCUGAAUGACAGAAAGUACCGACUGGAGUCUUCAGUUAGGGAGCUGAAAGGAAGAUUGACAACCCUUGAGGAGGAUUAUCAGAGGGCCCAGCAUGAUCUGCAGAUGCUGCGACAGCAGCGUGGGAGUCUGGAGUCAGACCAGCGGAGCCGAGAACAGACUGUGAGCCAGCAGCAGACUCGCAUUGCUGUCCUGGAGCAGGAGGUUAGGGACAAAGAGGACUUGCUUGCUAAGAGCAAUCAGCUGAUGGAAUCGGCCAAUGAGCAAAAGGCCAAGCUUGAAGAGAGCAUUCAGCAUAAGAACAGCCUGGUGACAAAGUUGGAAAGUGCUAUCAAAUCAACAUCACAUGAAGUGAUGAAGGGAAAUGAGAUCAUAAAAAAGUUGCAAGGGGAGCUGAAGGCUUCAUUAGCAAAGCUGAAGCUAAAGAAUACUGUAACUGGCAAACAGGAGAAACUGUUGGAAGAACGCAACCAGACACUGAAGGUGCUGCAACAAGAUGCAGACACACUGAAAACAAAAUGCCAACAGCAGGAACAUGAGAAUGAAAGACUGAAAGAAUCGCUGGAGACCUCAAGGGCUAAAUUGGAAGAAAGCAGACAGCUACUGAAAACUAACGAGAACGUCAUCAACUGGUUGAAUAAGCAGGUGAAUGAAGCCCAGCUGAGCAAGCGACAUGGCUUGUUUGAGGUUCCGACCUCCACGGUGGCCUACAGACCCCAAGGGGUCCCUGCAGCAGUGUCUUCCACGCGCCCUUGGCCCAUGUCCAGCACUCAUCUCACCAACACCCUCAGCACCAUACCCCAGUCCACCCCUACGGCCUACAACUCCUCCACAGCUAGCGUGCCCGGCACCUCCAAGCACAGUGAGCCAGCACUGGACCCCAAGUACUUGCAGCGCCCCAACCAACACCCCAGCCAACACCCUACCCCCACCCCCAGAGAUGCAGGGCCUGUACCCCUCCAGUUGAGCAGCACCCCAGUGUCUUCUUCCACCUCUGGACCAUCAGGCCCUCCACUCAUGAGUGCCUAUUUCCCUCCUCAGCUCCAAGGUACGACCUGAAGAGAGUUAGUAUAGGGCUGAAAGUGGGUUGCUGCCAAGUUAUUAGCCUGCGAGUGAAGUCACAGGUCAAUUUUCUGAAGUCAAGACUGAAGGGGUUUUUGCAAGCCUGCAUGUAUGAGACUUGUUCACUUUUGGCGACAUCCUUUACUGCUGAUGUAUAAAUCCCCUAUGUUUUGCAGUAACAGGUGUGACCUGUCCGCCAUAUUUUUUCACCAUGAUGACAACAGAUGUUUCCUUUUGCACAUGGAAGUCACAGAUACAAUUUUUCUUGUGUUUAUUUCAACAAACAUUUGUAAUGUCAAUAUUAAAGUCAUGUCCCACACCUGUUUCUCCUAAGUGUAGUCACAAAUGAUUUGUUUUCCCAAGUCAUAUCUCAAGUCAAAAAGUUGUGGCUCAAGUUUGACUGAGAGUCCCAAGGCAGCAAUUCAAGUGGACAUCAGUACUGACAACCAGCUCCCUCUUACUAGGGUUAAACCCAACAUCUGGAGUCACUUUGAUGGGCUCACUAUUGUAUCUGCCCUGAGUUGAAAUGCACCCUCACUGGCAAAAGCAAGACAGCUUGGUAUAAAGUUUUUCAACCGGGUUCUUGCACGCAUUCGGCGUACACGUGAAGACCAUGCAUUCCAGCAUAAACUUGUUGCGCGUACUCAGCGUGCCCCACGCCAAAUGCGCUGUGAACUUGUACGGCUACACGGUGAGUUCAUACUGACAGGCUGUCAAUUUCAUUUCUAAACACGCCCUCUUUUGUUCCUGCUCGGAGCGGAUAGUAUGGCCGUGGGCACACCACAAGCCGCAGGUUAUACUGCCAAAUUGCUGGUACUGGGCACACAAGUUUUUCUUACCAGAGUAAAAUUUUCUAUUAAAGAAUUUAAGUCGGGGCAUUCCCAUCAAUCGAUUGGUCAGUGGAAGUCUAUUUUCGAGGAUCAAAGCUUUAACUUAACCCUGCAAGUGUUACAUACUUGCGACCAAAAUUCUAUACAUGUACUAAGAUUUUCAAGAGUAAGCAAUGAUAUGCAGGAACAUAGAUUACACAUAAAAAUGCAAUGUUUUAGGCAUAACUGUCUUCAUCAGUGUGAACAUUGUCUUUCUAAUACCUAAAUGCACUAAAGUAAACAAGUAUAUGCCGAAUUUACAAGAAGUUGGGUUGAGAGCUUGCUUUGAUAUAGAUUAAGGGUUUGUUCUGAGAAACUAAUAAGAGAGAUUUGGUUAUUUCUUUAUUGCGUGAUGGCCGUGUUCAGGGUAUUCACAAUUCUCAUCACUCUCAAAGUAUGCAACUUUACACACUAACUUACCGGCUUAGUUGUGCAUAAAGUAUAGAAAUUAUAACAACCAGUCAACCAUUAGUCGUUUUUGGAGUGUAUGGUACCGGGUAUACAUGUACAUGUAUACCCGGUACCCUGUGGUAAUCUUUCAGCCAAUAGAGCCACAAUAGAUUGCAUGGCAUUCACUGUUUUACUUUUUCCCCAUGCACUUCAAAAAAGUGACUACCUCAUUCUGAAGGUGCCUCAUGCCUGUCAGCUAAAAUACAUGUUUGUCUUCUACCGGUAAUUGCACACAUGCUGCGUUCUGUGCUUCUGAAAAUGAGUCGGUGACUGUGAAAUAGAAAUACGUGCAUGUUGGCACUAAUGUUCAGCUUAAUGAAAUCAAUAUAGAAGUGUGCAGAAUCCACAUCAUGUCGGGUUAUAUGGAAAUAUGCAGAGACCUGUGUCAUAACAUGGAGGACACUGUGUAUGCCGUGUGACCUUUGAUCCCCAUUAAGUUAAGAGACACACACAAGAGGCUUGGACUAGUCCCUGGAGGUCGAGUAUCGUGGAGCCACCUAACAUUCACGGGCCACAAAUUGGCACUGUAGCAACCGACGCUUCACAACAUUAUCACAAACCGUUUAGGAACACGGCGCACUGCCGUCAGAAAUGUGGCAGGUAUCUAGAGCCAGUGACCACCACGGUUCAACAUUUGAGCACUCAACUGUUAAAGGGUUGCUGUUGUAUCUUAUCAGAAUGUUUGGCUGAACAUUACACUGCGCACUUGGAUAAAAAGCAAAUGCUAACAGCCGAUACUUAUCGAGCAGUAAAAUUAGCCUCCACGGUGAUCCCUUGAAAAUUCAGACUUAAGUUCACAAAGACACCUCAAAGCAGUGAAUAUUUGCAUCACACCCCUUUAGAAUAGAUGUUAAGGAAUGCUUUGUUGGGACAGAAUACCUUAAUAGCACAGUAAGCCACAACAAAAAGACACGGUCUCUCACCCUGUAAAAAAUCUUUUUUAAUAGAAUUUUUCACAAACAGUUCACUUGGAUUCAUUUAUAGGCACAAACGCCGUUCUUUUCUGUGGAACAAGGAAAAGACAUAAAUAUUAUAAACUCUUACCAUAGAAAAAUCCUCUUCCGUCUUUAUGUACAGUUGCUAUACAUGUACAAAACUUGCUGCUCCAAAAACACAGCUUCAAUCUUCGUAAGAAAUUUACAGGGUUUUGUUUUGUACAUUACAGCAUUGUAAAGCCAAUACAACAGCAGUUAAGAAUAUACACAAUUUUUUUUUUGUUAUUUAAAGAUAUACAGAAACAUUUGGGAUAAUACUUUUACUUCUACAUAGAGAAUAUAUAAAUUAUCUAGGUUAACUAACAAUCAGGCAAAAACAAAAAAACAAAGAAAUUGCAACUCCUCCCCUUGAAAAAUGAGACAAAAAUAACAUUCCAAAAUUGUAAAAUGGCAAUUGACCAAACAAAAGUGAUAAUUGAAGAAAAUCACUCAUUCCAAAUCUCUCUUUUCUGGGUUGCUAUUUCCAAACCAUACUGUUCAGGUUGAAGUAUUUCCACUGACAAGAUGUCUAUUAAUUGUGUCUUAAGAUGUCAAUUUUUGGGGGCAACCACGUGCCAAUGGGGACCCUGCAUUGUACUUGCAAAACUUCACUCAUUACCAAAAAAGAAAACAAAAUAGAAAGUCAAAUAAAUAAAAACUAAUUUCAAUUUCAGUUUACAACGGGCGCAAUGCCUAUAGAAAGUAUCUCAACUUUUUGUUGCAGAUUCCAACAUUUAACAACAUUCAACAGGUAAUUCAAGUGAUAGAAUUUCAAAGAUCUGUUAGUCUUGGAUUGUUGCUUUGUAUUAAUUGGUUUGUUUUCUGUACAGCGCUACUUAUUCCAACAAGGUGUCUUUUACUUAUAGGCAAGCCUGAUACAUGAGUUGACUGCAUCUACCCCUCAGUCUUCAGCUGUCAUCACUUUGAAUUUCCACUAUUCCUGUGUAACACUGCGAAAUACUGUUAUUUGAAGAACUGGGUAUAAAACUGUGUAACAAUGUCAGCUGUUCAAUUGAAGCUGAACAAUCUUCACUGACUAGUUCUCUGAAAAAAUUCAGUGCAAAAACACAGGCACUGAGCUUUAAAAAUGCUUCAAAAUUCCUCCACUCAAAGAACCCAACUUCAACAUUUUAUUGUCCAUAAGUCUUUGAGUUCUUUGAUUUUAAACUGUCAUCUUGCUGUCACUUUGUAAGGAAAAAAUCACAGUUGGACAAUUCAGCAAAUCAGUCCUCAAAAUCAGAAUUUGGACUGAAUUUUCUUUAGAGAAAUUUUCUGAUAGAUUGAUGUAUGGUUUUUAAAUUUUUUUGUUUGUUGAAAGUUCAAUGAGAAUGUGAUGCACUCCUUUUAAGAUGAACUCCAUGAAUAUUAGCCGUGAUAGUCAUGAACUAUUGUGUUAGUUUUUCCAAAUGGUAAUUAAGAACAAUAAUUUGUGAAUUUCUAACAGCAGGAAUUUAAACAAGAUUUGACAGGUCGUUAUGAUCACAGCUGCCAGAUUAAAUUUCGCUAUGUGCCAUGCAACUAUUACGCCUUCAAUGUGGUUGUCAAUUCACAAAAUGUUCGUGUAUACAUUGUAAUUAUGGCAUUUUGUUCACAGUUUUAACCUCAUUAAUAUGACAACUGAAAUUCUGAUAUGAAAGGUUACGCUUAAUCAAUACAUCUCCUUAGCACUACAUUUUCAAAUUUGCAUGACUUGUAAACAGUCACAUGUCCACUUGAAUAGCCAGACUAGUAGCCAUCUUGGUCUUGUCGCUAAUAACAUCACACAUAUAGUCUAAUUUGGAAAUUCCUUUGUCAGAACCAUCCUACUGAAGAAGUUUGGCUUCUCUUAAGAUAGUUAUAUGGAACUGUGAAAAGAACGUCUACCGCAUGAUGAAAAUUCACAGAUCCUGUAAUUCAAGUACAGAGUAGUAUGAGGUUGAUGUGUGUACAGUCAGUACAUGGAUCAAUAGCUAUACACUGUAUAUUAUGUGUCGCACAGGUGAAGGAUAUGGCUUAUAGCAAGGCUACAUGUAUUUAUAACAAAUGCACUUAAAAUACAUGUUAAUGUACAUGUACUCUACAGGCUCCAAAGCACUGUCUAGAUGUUCUAUAGUUUACAGUGCAGAUUCUGCAGUCAAUCUGUAGCAUGCAUGGCAACACCUGCAGCCCCCACAGAAUACUGCAGUGCAGCACUAGUUGAGAUACAUUCUGUAAUUAUAUGUUGUUAGUGUCAUUACUGAACACAUGUGCGUGGAUGUGAAUACAUAUUGAUUAAGUUAUGACGUCAAGCUAAAUGUUGUACCAUGUUCAUUUGUAUCCAAAGCAAACGUGCUGUACCUUAUGAGAAUAAGCUAUCAGGUGUAUUAUGUGUGGACUGUACAAAAGCAUAAGUAGAUAUUGUGUUGGUAUUAACCAGUGUUAGAAUUCAUGCGGGUGACAUGUAAGUGGGGAAGGGGGUUGAUUUCCAAUGAAUCUGCCUAUGCUUCCUUUGUACCUCAUCAUCUGCGAUGCUAUUAAGCAUAACCAUCUGUGUCAUGUACACGUGUAUUAAGCAGGUGCAAUGUCUGAUCAUGGUCUGAUGGCCAUGCAUAUUAAUAAGCUAUCCAGAAUGUUAUCAGUAUGUGUUCAGAAUACGAAAGUUCUAUUAUGUAGGAUUUCAGCUAAGCACACUGCACAUACAUGUAGCAGUCAGUUUACCGGUCGGAAUCCCAUCGGUUUCUCUGAAGGACAGAAAAGUCCAUCCCAUAUGGUUAAAGUGGGUUAGGAUUCUGUCCAAGUCACUUCACCUUUACAUGGUGGUUUCAAUUCUUACAUACUUAAAUAGGAUGAUUGAACAAAAAUACCAAAACAUUUAGUAGCAAUGAAUCUGGCACAUGGUGCAGUGUGUUCAGAGUUACUGACAAUGACUGGCAAAUGAUAAUUUGUGAACAUGAACUUUCUAAGAAAUUCCACCAGGGCAAGGAAAGAUGAAGUCACACAUUUUAUGUAUGACAAUAAAUGUGAAGUUUGAGAAACUGCUUCACACCUGUUGGCUAUUAAAUCUAUCUACAUUCUACAAAGUCCAUGUAUAUGUCUAUUGUUCAAGCACAGUUUCAACAUUUGCCAUUCCUUUUCUUACAAAAUGGUGAAAAUGGAAGACGAAAUAGGCUGGAUAUGAAGCAGUGUUAAAUCAAAACAAAUUUACCCAAAAAAUAUGACAACCAUGACCACCAGUUUCAAUAUACACGUAGGCCUUUUUCCCAUUCCUGACGUCAGGGAGCCAGUUUGGGGAUACAGAAUUGCAACAUGCCCUGCCACUCAAGAAUAACCCCAGAACAUUCUGGCAAUGUGGUCACAGCUGUGCACGUGUAAAGCCUCUCUUGAACACCCUGUAAGUGGCUACAUGGCCAAGAGUGAUGUUGGAGAGAAGUCCAAAAGGACAGUGCACAUUGAGAACAAAGCAAUCCACAGCGAUUGCAAAGUUGGAAACGGACAAUGUUGUUGCCGGCUACUAGUCUUGGCCAAGAUGUAACUAUUGUGAUUUUAUUACCUGUGCAAAUUAUAUCCACAUUGUAGCAAUAAAACAUUUGAUCCACAGAGGGCGUAAUUUACUGGACGUUGACCCUGUAUCUUUGUGGAUGUCAAAAUCUGAAGGAAUCAAUGCUUGGCGAAAUACAAUACAUGUACUUACAGAAUAGAACACAUCAUGGAAUCAGUUAAACUUAACAUUCUUGGAGCUGUUUAGUCCAGAACAUUUCUGAAGAAAAGGACGGCAAAUAAAAAAUAACGUGAAGGUCUUGAAAGCAAGACAACUGGCUACGUGAUUCCAUGGAGACAGAGUCUGGGUGCGAUGAGAACAACAUGCUAACCAUGGAUGGGCAGUCAAGAGUGACUCCAUCGCGAGCUAUGAGAUGGGAUACAUGAGUGGUAGGGUAUUCUGCAAAUGUGUCACAGAAUAACAGGUGUUCAUUUUGUAGCCAUUUACUUAACAGGCCCCAUCUGCACUCCUACAAAUUCCUCUGCAUGAAAAACUUGGGAAAACGGCCCAAGAAAACAUCAACAAAAGGUAUAAGUAUGUACAUACUUUGGUUAAGCUUAGGCAAAAGCCUGAAUGACUCAUACACAUGUAGAUAUACAAUUCAUUCAAGCACAUGUACAUUGUAACAUUCAAUUCCCUCAUUGUGUAUGCUGCAAAAUACACUUCAAAUCAUCAUCACAUGAAAUCUGUGCCUAGGAAGACAUCACUUUUUCAUCAAGUUUUUUGUACGAACUUAGAAAACUGUAAUCUUUUGACAUCUUCCUGGAUAAUUCAGAAAAAAAGUUGUUCACCAAAAGCACAAAUUCCAUCAGACGUCUUGCACUAUGAGGAAAGCACACAUCCAGUCAAAAAGACGGGUGUGCAAACGAUAUGUCAGAGACUGGACAGAUACAACUUUGGCUACUUACAUUUGUAAGUCUCAUAGCAUGUCAUGAACUGUUUACAACAAGUUUUUUUACUGCUUUUCCUACAGUGAAUCUUGUUCAAAUGCAGACUGUGAACCACACACUGCCUGAUUAAGUGGGAAUUCCCCCUGGAUGCAAUGCUGUUAAGUGUUUCAUUGGAGAGCUUAACUUCCCUUCCACCCUACAAGUCCUCUGGCCCUGGUGACCUUGUAUAAGCUCAUAUGUGUAGAUUUUGUUGACCUGCUGAUGACUGGGUUUAACCAUGGAGGAAGGACACAGGAGUUGCAACUCUGGCACAUCAAAGUGCUUGAUGAUCAUCGCCGCCGAUUCAAACAAACAAUAGGAAACAUUCAAAAAAAUGCCUGAUUACUGCCUGCAGCUUAGUCGGGCCAGUUAUAUCCUAGCAAUGUCUAGUGUGUUUUGUUUGCAAUUAACUACAACUUAUCAGCGUGACCAGGAAAUAGAGAACGAAAAGUCUCUAACAACAUUUGAUCUACUUUUGCCAUUGUGAAUAAACUUUGUACUUUGA